AUGCACAAAAAGCUGAUCUUGUUUGGUGGGACGGGGUUCGUGGGCUUCCAAGUCCUCCGCAAGGCCUUGCUACGGGGCUACACGGUGGUCGUCCCCACACGCCACGGCGCCCCCACCCCGCACACUCCGCUGGAGGCGUUGGCGACGCGGGUGGGGGUGGUGGGGGGCCGCCAAGCCGCGGCAGAGGUCACCUCCACUUCUGUUAGCCCCCUUGCGGAGGCGGGCUCGACGGAUGCGCUGCGUUUCACGAGCGUUGAUGCGACCAACCCUUCACAGGUCCAGGACAUGCUGAGAGAGCAUGCCGACGCGACGGUAGUGGUGAGCUGUAUUGGUCUCCUGACGUUGAAUUAUGACCAAGCGAAAAGGGUGAAUGGCGAAGCCAACCUAAACAUCCUCCAUGGUGUGUGGGAUUCAAAAUUACUGCCGAAUCUCAAAAAGUUUGUAUAUGUCUCUGCGGAGCCGUUCAAUGAAUACUGUCCCAGUAUUUUUGGUAGCCAAUACCUGUUGAAAGGAUACUUUGAGGGAAAGCAAAGUGUCGAACGGGAGGUAUUCAAGAACUUGGGGGAAUGUGGUGUUGUGCUUCGGCCUGGUUUUAUCUACGGCACACGAUACGCAACCCUUCCCCUAACGCAAAAGGUCCUCCCAGUGCCACUUGGCCUAACAGGCUACCCACUUCACCGCCUGCUUAAAACCUUUAAGGGUGGUAAGCUGCUCACGCCGCCUGUAGAUGUGGAAUUGGUCGCUGAGACUGCGAUCCGCGCGUGUGCAUGGUCAUCACUCCCGGCGCUAAACUUCAGUGGCCCCGUUAACGUGUACAAGAUGCUGGAAUUGUGCUCAAUAAGUGACCCUACACUCGAACCCACAACACACUCAACAGGUGAGGGCGAAAGCAAAGCCCAACCUGAAGGGGGUCAAUGA